AUGGCCUUGCACGAUCAGCAGUCGCCGUUGUCGUUGUCGUUGUCGUUGUCGCUCAGUCACUCGACAUUGCCAAAUCGCCGCUCCUCGCUUCCCUCUGCCUCAGCCUCUGCCUCUGCCGCGGUGGCUCUCGCUGCUCCCACCACCUUAGGACCAUCUGUUCCGCCAUCGUUGCAUCCACCUGCCCCUCACGCUGCUGCCUCAGUCACUCCAGCAGCGACAGCAACCACCUCCGCACCGACCUCCGCACCACUCGCCUCCGCGUCCCUUCCCCUAAACCUUCCCCUUCCUCCGCCGACCCAGCCACUCGCUCCGUCCGCCACUCCGCGGGUCCUCAGUCGCAUCCUGCGCUCGUUGUCCAUAGACAGCGAACCGACCAAUUCAAACAAGAACGCUCCUCUGCCAAUCUCAAACAACGAGACUGCCAUUCCCGAGCAAGACGAGGUACCAGCAAACAUCACGAAAGACACCGCGCCGCGAGCUGGCUCGCCUCUAACUCCGGACGAUCUCCUUUUGGAUUGCAUCGAGCCAUCGUUCGACUACUCAACAUCGUCGACGUGGUGCGGGCUGGAUUCCGACUCGGAUCACUCUUGA